AUGUCCCAAGUGAAGCGCCUUCAUGCAGCCAUCAUUUCUCCCAACACAGUCCCAACCCAACCUAACCUGCUCGAGUCCGCAGUCCACUCGCCCAUGAACCUGAAUCACUACGCUGGCCAAGAAGACAUCUUCCAACUAGCCGCUAACCUCUCUGAGAAAAUCAUGAGAAACCACGCCUACCAGGACGGGAACAAGCGCACCGCUCUCGUGGCUGCUGACAUGUUCCUGAAAAUCAACGGACAUCAUCUGCAAGGUGGCUUACAUGGCGAAAGCGGCGGUCUCGCACAAGCUCAGGUUGCCCUCGUUAUUAAUCAGAUCAGCACAGAAGACCUAGGCAGAUACUACAAAUCUGUAUCGAGAAAUUCACCCACGACCUCAACCUAA